UUGGUAGGUUUUGUUUGUGUAUACUCCGUCAAUAAGUUAUGGUUACCCGACUGACUUGUUUGGAAGCUGCAAGUAAACGUAGCCAACAAAAUUUUCUUGCUGCAAUCUUUUUUUCUUGCCAGGCUCAGAGAAAAGUUUUCCCUGGUUCACUUUUUUUUCUUAUGUUUUGGUACAUAUGGGUCGCUAAUAAUCAUCGUCAGACAUGCGAGGUUUAGGUUCCACGAGUUUUACAGCUGUUGCAGCUCACCCACGUUGUUCCACCUUUUCAGUUUACUUGUCACAGGCAAAGUUUUGUAUUGUACUUUCUAGCACUCACAAUAACUGAAACAGAGGUUAGUAACUCGCAAUCUCUCAUGCGUGAUGCCUGUUUUGAUCAGUGAUCAGUUGUUCGGGACUGGAAAGCUGCUAAGGCUCUCUUAAAAUGAACUAGAGCUAAUAGCUAGCUGCUAAAAUUAGCUGGAGAUAUUCAAGCACCACAGCUAAUAGUUCAGUUAUUAGCUGCUUUUUAGUUAGAGACAUCCAAACAUCUUCAACUAAAAGUCCAACUAACUAUUAGCUACAAUCUCAACUACCCAUUAGUUCAUUAGCCAACUAAAAUCAGCCACUAUUUGUUAGCUAGCUAAUUUUACUAGGAUUUUUUAGCCAGCUGCAGACCCUUAGUCGUGAGCCCCUCGCAAAUCAUGCCUUUAGCAUUGGGUUCUGGAGGACUGACUGCCCAGUACUUGAUUGCUCUUUGGAAUUAAAAAAAUGUGAUCCUUUUAGGUCGUCGAAAUUAAACAACUGGACACUAACCAAGAUCUUGUAGUCAGUAAACAAUCCUGCAAAGUUGAAAACCCGUACGUCCAGCAGUAUCAUGUACAGUUUACCCCGGCUAAUCUCCUGCAAAAAAAAAUUACCUUUUUCACUGCCCUACCAUCCCCUAGUUCACUUACUUUACUAAGGCUGGAGGUUCCGGCUCCUUUUGGCCAAAAGCGCAAUUCGGAAUUGCCUUUGUUUGCCCCCACUUUCCUUUCACCUUUUUAGUGGUAUUCUCUUAAUAAGUAGCUUUUCUGUAGUGGCCACUGGCCACUGCCUUACUCGUGCUGCUCUACUGUAUGGGAGGCUCUACUAUGCCCCUAUGGGUAUGGGGCUAUGGGCAUGAGCUGCCAAGUUUUUUCUUUAUCCAACACGCUGAUGGAGUUGAUUAUUACUUGGCCGACAUCUUGAUCGUUUCUGAGAUUAAACUGAUGAUGCUGAUGCUCGUUUAGUUAUCUUGGUUUGGAGAUAUAUCAGAUAUGGGUGAUCGGAAUCAUGGACGCUCUCUCCCUCUACUGCUCUAUCUACAUCUUUUGCUGCCAAUACUUCCGUUUGCUAUGGCAGAUAUAGCCUCCGAGAAGCAAGCACUCUUUGCUUUUGCCUCUGCAGUCUACCAUGGCAACAAGCUGAAUUGGAGCCAAAAUAUCCCAGUGUGCUCAUGGCAUGGUGUGACAUGCUCACUGGAUCGAUCAUGUAUAUUGGCCCUUAGGGUGCCAGGUGCUGGUUUGAUUGGUACCAUUCCUGCUGAUACUCUUGGCAGGCUUGUGUCCCUCCAAGUUUUAAGCAUGAGGUCUAACCGUUUGAGUGGAAGCCUUCCGUACGAUGUUGUCUCACUUCCUUAUUUACAAGCCAUAUUUGUUCAGCACAACGAAUUGUCAGGAGACUUGCCUCCAUUUCUCUCUCCAAACCUUAAUACCCUUGAUCUCUCUUACAACUCCUUUACAGGACAAAUCCCAUCAGGUUUGCAGAAUCUUACCAAAUUGUCUGUCUUGAAUUUAGCAGAAAAUUCCCUGUCCGGGCCGAUUCCGGAUCUCAAACUUCCUAGCCUAAGACAGCUAAAUCUGAGCAACAAUGAACUGAAUGGUUCGAUUCCUCCCUUUUUCCAAAUCUUCUCAAAUAGUUCCUUCCUAGGGAACUCUGGAUUGUGUGGACCGCCGCUAACUGAAUGUUCUUUUCUAUCUUCACCAACACCGUCGCAAGUGCCUUCACCACCAAAAUUACCAAAUCAUGAGAAGAAGGCUGGCAAUGGCUUGGUAAUCGUGGCUGUUGCUGGGAGCUUUGUCAUAUUUCUGCUAGCUGCUGUGAUGUUCACUAUGUGCAUUUCAAAGAGGAAGGAGAAGAAAGACGAAGCGGGUUACAACGGUAAGGUUACUGAUGGUGGAAGGGUUGAGAAGCGCAAAGAGGAUCUCAGCAGCGGCGUCCAAAUGGCGCAUAAGAACAAGUUAGUUUUCUUGGAGGGAUGCAGUUACAACUUUGACUUGGAGGACUUGCUGAGAGCUUCUGCUGAAGUUCUCGGGAAAGGGAGCUAUGGAACUGCCUACAAGGCUAUACUCGAGGAUGGCUCUACUGUGGUAGUCAAGAGGCUAAAGGAUGUCGUGGCAGGGAAGAAAGAAUUUGAGCAGCAGAUGGAGCUCAUAGGGAGGGUAGGUAAACAUGCAAACAUCGCGCCUAUUCGUGCUUACUACUACUCGAAGGAUGAGAAGCUUGUUGUUUAUGAGUAUAUUGGUAGAGGCAGCUUCUCAGCUCUGUUGCAUGGUAUCAAGGGCGUGUGUGAGAAGACCCCAUUAGAUUGGAACACAAGGAUGAAGAUUAUACUCGGAACAGCACGCGGCCUCGAGCACAUCCAUUCAGAAGGCGGCUCCAGGCUCGCACACGGCAACAUCAAGUCAACCAACGUUCUGCUCGACGGAGACCACAACCCUUACGUCUCAGACUACGGGCUGAGCUCGUUGACGAGCCUUCCGAUCACCACUUCCCGAGCUGUCGCUGGCUACCGAGCUCAGGAGACCUUCGAAUCGAGGAAGUUCACCCACAAGUCCGACGUGUACGGUUUCGGCGUCCUCCUCAUGGAGACGCUGACGGGCAAGGCCCCGCUUCAGUCACAGGGUCAGGACGACGCCGUCGACCUACCGAGGUGGGUGCAUUCGGUGGUCCGCGAGGAGUGGACCGCUGAGGUGUUUGACGUCCAGCUGAUGAAGUAUCCCAACAUAGAAGACGAGCUGGUCCAGAUGCUCCGUAUCGCCAUGGCGUGCACGGCGUGGUCUCCCGACCGGCGUCCGACGAUGGCGCAGGUGGUUAGGAUGGUGGAGGAGCUCCGGCACUCUGCUUCCGGGAGUCGCGCUCUCUCCGUUGGCAGUCCCAAGGAAUCCAGUCCUCUGUCAGCCUGAAUUGUGGUUCUGAUUCAGAAUUCGUGUAUCCAUGACAUCGAUGAUCGAUGGUAUCCUGCAUGUGGUUCACGGUGCACACGUUGUCUGCCUCGUCAGAUACUUCGUACUGCUGUAACUUUGGUUCAAUGGAAUGCUUAAGAAACAAGGUCGGAAUAGGCGAAUAGCUAUUUUCGUCUUUCACCUAUUGAUUUUGUCCUUGCAUACAAAAAAAAGAAUAGACGUUUCAGUUCCUAGA